CCCUCCCAGCCCCAUUAUCUUUCUGCACCAGCGCGACGGUAGCUGUCGUGUCUGCUCGACUUCUUCAUUAUUUCAAUGGCACACCGAAAGCAUACAGAGUCUGAAAAGGCAGUCCAGCCGACUACUCCACCUGUCGAUACAAUCUAUCCUAGCCCUCCUCCUUCACCACGCUCGCCCAGCAACGCAGGUCUCUCUGUUACAGAGGAAGCAGAGACAAUUACACCCGAGGCGCCACCGAGUAGGAGAGGAUCCGAAGUAAGGGCACGCACCCCAGUUUCCCCUCAAAGCGAACGAGACACGGGUUCCGAUUUGGACGAGCCACCCCAAUGGCCCACCCCCGCGAGCGUGGAAGCUUUCCUCCUGUUCUUCCGCCAACAGCGUAAAUGUGGAGGCUUAACUCUCAAGAAGCCACCUGCACCUUGUCAACGACGUCAAAGGAAAGCCGAGCCAUCGGAGGUCGACGCGGCGAUAUCUUUGUUGAGGCAGCUGCCACGAUCCAUGCCGUGUCACACACUGGCCGACACAUUAAGGAAGCUCGUGCUGCUUACUCAUUGCGAUAAACACGACGGCGAAAAGACAGUCAAUGCUCGAGUGAAUACCUGGCUCAAGGAGUAUUUCCCCCGCCCCAAUGACGCGGCUAUGCUUAUCCAAGAAGCACUGCCCGGCCUCAGUACUAUGUGCCUGGGCAUGGAGAGCAAAGACUGCCCGUGUGAGCAAUUGUUGGGUGGCAGAACUGUCCAGACAAUCGAGCAGAUCUUGAGCAAAAUCAAAGACCCUGUGGUCUACCUGAACGACAAACGGCUAGCAAUCUGGCUGAAGAGGCUUGGCCAAAACGCCUUCUGCUCCCUGCAUCGGAAAAAACAGUCUCCGCUGCUUUUGGAGCGAUGCCUCGCCGAAAUUGCAGUCGCUCGGCACUGUCAGGUCCAGGAAACAAGGAUCGACCACGUUUCGGAGGAUCCAGAUGAAGCAGACGAAUUCUGGCAAGCCCCAGGAUAUGAUAUAUCGCCAUUCCAUCUCCUUGCGACCAGCAGUCCGAGUAUCGAAGGCUGCUGGAUGCCGGCCAAAGCUUAUCAAGAAACAAUCAGCAAAUCCCUCGCAUCGCGAAACACCAAGCCAGGCUCUAUUUAUGCCUAUACUGUGGCUGGAAAUGAGCGAUAUCUUAAAAUUGGCUAUACCUGCAGACAAAUCUCGGAAAGACAUGCAGAGUGGACAUUUAGUUGCAACAGGGAGGUUAUAAGUCUCUAUCCCGCUGCGUCCGCUGUGGGCAGGCAAGUUGAUUAUCCACAGCUGGUUGAAAGCCUAUGCCAUGCAGAGCUUCGGAGGCACAGGAUUAGAAUCUACUGUGGAGCCUGCCAAAAGCAGCACGUGGAAUGGUUCGAUGUCUCCUCGGAUAGGGCAAUCAUAGUCAUCGAGAAGUGGUCCCAAUGGAUGACUAGGUUGGCCGACCAUCGGCCCAACUGGAAGAAUGCGGUGAAGGCAAUAGUGCGAGGGGCUUCAGACCUUGAGGCAUCGUUGCAAGAGUUGACGCAACUCUAAACAACUAACAUCUGUUAUUUGAGAAUUACACUGAACUUUCUGUCACUGCCGCAGAGCCUCAGUAGUGAGGUGGCCGCAGCCAUGGGCGCUUAGUAGGCAAUGCUAUAGUUAUGAUGUAAGACAAAGGCAGUCGCGUUAUGAACAUAAUGAAACGUGGAAAUGCCGCCAGUGUGUCCGGUCGACAAGUGCAGCCCUAGCGUCAAAUUCUCGGCGGUAACGAUUUGCUUUAAAAUUAGAAGAAGCCACAGGAAUUAUGCCAUCAUAAGUCCUAGAGAGAAAAU